UUUUUAGAAAUCAGUAGCCAUUUUUCCUUCAUUUUUUUCUUCAAUUUCACAAAUUAUCCAUGUUUUUCUUCAAUUUUCAAGCUAAUUCAACAACCCCAUCUUCAUCAAAUUGCAAAAAGAUCUCAAAAAUGUGAAAAAGGUUGAAUCUUUCCUCCAUUUCUGUAAAAAAAAUCUCAUUUUUUGACCCCCAAAACAAAUUUGAGAUGAAUUCACCAUAUGGGGUUUUCCCAGAUGAGGUAAUUCUUCAGAUUCUUGCUAGAUUGCCUGUUAAAUCAGUUUUUAAGACAAAAGUUGUGUGUAAAGUUUGGUAUAAAUUGAUAUCUGAUAAAUAUUUCACAAAUCUUUAUAAUGAACUGUCAGUUAAGAAUCCUAUGGUGCUUGUUCAGGUUAGUGAACCUUCAUCAGAAUCAAGAUCUAGUUUGAUUUGUAUUGAUAAUUUAAAAGGGGUUUCUGAAUUUUCAUUGGAUUUUGUAAAAGAUAGGGUUAAAGUUAGAGCUUGUUGUAAUGGUUUGUUAUGUUUGUCUAGUAUACCUGAUAAGGGUGUUUAUUAUGUUUGUAAUCCAUUGACUAGAGAAUAUAAAUUGCUUCCUAAAAGUAGGGAAAGACCUAUUACAAGGUUUCAUCCUGAUGGUGAAGCUAGUCUUGUUGGUUUGGGUUGUGAUUUGAUGAAACAAAAGUAUAAUGUGGUUUUAGCUGGUUAUCAUAGGUCGUUUGGUCAUCGUCCUGAGAGGACGUUUAUAUGUAUGGUUUAUGAUUCAGAGUUGAACAAAUGGAGGAAGUUUGUGUCGUUGCAGGAUGAUCAGUUCACGCAUAUGAAUAAGAAUCAAGUUGUGUUUAUUAAUGGUGGACUGCAUUGGUUGACGGAUAGUUGUUCGUGUAUGCUUGUUCUUGAUUUGGGUACUGAUGUUUGGAGGAAAAUUCAGUUGCCUCAUGAAAUUAGUUGUGGAGUUAGGAGUCGGGUUUAUUUGUUGGAAUUGGAUGGGAGAUUGUCUGUUAUUCAGAUAUAUGAGGCUUGGAUGGUUAUUUGGGUAAUGGAGGAUUACGAGAAGGAAGAAUGGCGAAUGGUUGACAAAGUUAGCCUUCGAUGCAUUAGAGGGAUGGUACCGGGCAUUUUCCCAAUAAGUCAAAAUGACAACUAUGUUUACCUUGCUACACAUAAGCAGGUUUUGGUAUAUCAACGAAACAGCCGUGUGUGGAAGGAGAUGUUCUCGGUAAAGGACAGCUCAACCUUGCCUUUAUGGUUUUCAGCACAUGCCUUUAGAAGCACUCUCUUUUCAUGCCAUUGAUCCGAGGGUCGUGUACAUCUUUCUAUUCAACUUGUGUACAUAAUGCUAUCGUUAGUCUUAAUUCCUAUCUCUUU